UUUGCCAGACAUUCCAUCUAGCAAAAUGUCGGACAGAACAAUGGCGCGGCAAGUACUGCUGUUUAUUUGUCUCGUCUCUCUCAGUUCAGUGCGCGGACAGGUCAGUUACUCCAUUCCCGAGGAAAUGCCCAAAGGAUCUUUAGUCGGUAACAUAGUGCAGGAUUUAGGUUUAGAUUUAAAGAGACUGAAAUCAGGAAAAGCUCGUAUUUAUACUGGAGACAGCGCUGAAUACAUCGAGCUGAAUAAAGAGAGGGGAGUCCUCCUUAUCAAAGAGAGAAUAGACCGAGAAGCGCUAUGCAGACAGGCAACGCCUUGCGCUCUACAUUUCCAGAUCAUUCUGGAAAACCCGAUGGAAUUUUACAGCAUUGCUGUCGAAAUCACAGACGUAAAUGAUAAUCCACCUCUCUUCAAAAAAACUGAAAUGAAAUUUGAAAUUAGUGAAUUUACACAAACCGGUGCGAAAUUCACACUGGAAAGAGCAAUUGAUCAUGAUGUCGGUGUUAACGGGCUACAUAGCUAUUCGUUAAAACCCAGUGAUCAUUUUAUCUUAAAUCCACAGAGCCAGUCAGCGGGUAAUAACAAGGUAGAAAUGGUUUUACAGAAGCCUUUGGAUCGCGAGCAAGAGAAACAUUUAACAUUGCUGCUAACUGCUGUAGAUGGAGGCAUCCCUCAGAUGUCUGGCACAAUGCAGAUAGAGAUUACCGUAUUAGACGCUAAUGACAACGCGCCUGUAUGUUCUCAGUCCGCGUUUAAAACCAGUGUGGCUGAAAACUCACCAAAAGGCACAGUUGUAGCUACUGUUACCGCGACUGAUGCCGACGAGGGACCAAACGGAAAACUUACGUAUGCCAUAACAAACAGUGUCGAAGAAGACCUGUUUGAAAUAAAUGGUGAGGAUGGUGUGCUGACAUUAAUAGGCGAUAUUGAUUAUGAAAUUACGCGUUCUCAUGAGAUUGACGUUCAAGUUACAGACCAGGGAGGUCACUCUGAUUCCUGCAAAGUCAUUGUUGAUGUCCUUGACACAAAUGACAACAAACCAGCCAUUAACCUUAUGUCAAAAUCGAAAGCUGUAUCUGAGAGCUCAUUACCUGGUACUGUAAUUGCAAUGAUAAAUGCCGCGGAUCCAGAUUCAGGAGAAAAUGGCAAAGUUCAGUGCUCUAUAGACGAUUACAUACCUUUCACAUUAAAGUCUAGGUCUGCCAGUUUCUUCAGUUUAGUAACCGAUGGUGAUUUAGACCGAGAGAGAGAGUCUGGUUAUAAUAUCAGUGUGAUCUGCGCUGAUGAGGGGUCUCCAUCUCUCUCCAGCAGCGUCACUCUCUCCUUACAGAUAUCAGAUGUGAAUGAUAACGCUCCUGUGUUUGAGAGGAGCUCAUAUGAGGCCUCCAUUCCAGAAAAUAACACACCAGGUCUCUCCAUAUUCACAGUCAGAGCCAGAGACGCAGACUGGAACCAGAAUGCGCGAGUCUCCUACAUACUGGAGGACUCGUCGGUUAACGGAGUGCCCGUCUCCUCUUACGUAUCUGUCAGUGCUGAUAGCGGCGUUAUCCAUGCAGUGCGCUCUUUUGACUACGAGCAGAUCAAAGAUUUCCAGUUCCGCGUAAUAGCGCAAGAUGGAGGCUCCCCUCCUCUCAGUAGCAAUGUGAGUGUGAAGAUCAUCAUUCAGGACCAGAACGACAACACGCCUCAGGUUCUGUACCCAGUCCAGACUGGGGGCUCUGUGGUGGCUGAAAUGGUGCCUCGCUCAGCAGAUGUGGGCUAUCUUGUGACUAAAGUGGUGGCUGUUGAUGUGGACUCUGGACAGAAUGCCUGGCUCUCAUAUAAACUGCAGAAAGCCACAGACAGGGCGUUGUUUGAAGUGGGCGCACAGAAUGGAGAAAUAAGAACUGUGCGCCAAGUGACCGAUAAAGAUGCUGUGAAGCAGAAGCUCACUGUUGUAGUGGAGGACAACGGGCAGCCCUCUCGUUCAGCUACGGUCAAUAUUAACGUGGCGGUGGCGGACAGUUUCCCUGAAGUGCUCUCGGAGUUCACUGACUUUACGCAUGACAAGGAUUACAACUACAACCUGACUUUCUAUCUAGUCUUGGCCUUGGCUGUAGUUUCAUUUCUCUUUAUCGUCUCCAUCAUAGCCAUACUGUCAGUCAAAUGCUACAGAUGGAGACGUGAGCGGCUGUUUUAUAAAUCAGGUGCCAAUCUGCCAGUUAUUCCAUAUUACCCACCCCUUUACGCAGACGUAGGAGGGACGGGGACUUUACAGCAUGUGUAUAAUUAUGAGGUUUGCAGAACGACUGACUCCAGAAAGAGUGAUCUGAAAUAUGCCAGACCUUCCAGUGAGAGCAUCAUUAGUUUGGACACCAGUGGAACGCAGACUCUGACGCAUGCGCAGAGGGGGAAACUGAGCGAGGUCGACGAUCAGGUGGGCAAUACUAUUUAGGAUUAUUAAUGUUAC